AUGUUGCGAUCUAUUGUGCGAACGCCUUAUGUACAUUCCUGCCUCAAUCUAUCGCAUGCACCAAGAAAACACGUGCUCGUCAACCCAUCAGCAUGGCGCACAUUAGCAUCAUCCACGAAAAUUCCAAAAUUAUCGGAUGCCGACUUGAUGCGCCAUUAUGCAUUUAUCAAUAAUGAGUGGGUGCUGUCACACAAUGCUGAGGCCAAAUUUCCCGUCUACGAUCCUGCAACGGGGGAGGAAAUUGGACAGUUGCCUGAAAUGGAUAUCAAGGACACUCAACGAGCGAUUCAGGCAGCCUCGGCGGCUUUCCCAUUGUGGGCUCAGCAAACAGGGAAAGAGCGCCAUGAUUUAUUGAAAAAAUGGUACGAUGCUGUCAUUGCCCACAAGGAUGAUUUGGCGACCAUUUUGACCUGGGAAAACGGAAAGUCUUACACGGAAGCCAAAGGAGAAAUUACCUAUGGCGCCAGCUUUUUUGAAUGGUUUGCCGAAGAGGCCGUACGUGCCUACGGCAAAGUGAUCCCGUCACCCAUGACGAACCAACGAUACCUUACCAUCAAACAACCGGUCGGUGUAGUCGGCAUUAUUACACCAUGGAACUUUCCAACAGCCAUGAUUACGCGCAAAGUCGGGGCCGCUUUGGCGGCAGGCUGUACGGUUGUCAUUAAGCCCGGGGCAGAAACCCCCUACUCUGCAUUGGCUUUGUGCGAGUUGGCCAAACGUGUGGGCAUUCCUGAAGGAGUGGUGAAUGUCGUCACCACCAAAAAGCAUGUGUCAGACAUUGGUAACGAGCUUUGCACCAAUCCACUCGUGCGAAAAAUCUCAUUUACCGGAUCGACCAAGGUUGGAAAAACGUUAAUGUCACAAGCCUCAGGCACGAUGAAAAAAGUAUCAUUGGAAUUGGGUGGUAACGCACCGUUUAUUGUCUUUGACGAUGCCGAUGUGGACGCUGCUGUGGAAGGCGCCAUCGCUUCCAAGUUCCGAGGCACUGGACAAACGUGCAUUUGUGCGAAUCGUAUCUAUGUGCAAAAAGGCAUUUAUCCCUUGUUCGCUUGUAGAUUAGCCGAGAAAGUGGGCCAAUUCAAAGUGGGCCAUGGAUUUGAUCCCGACACGACGCAUGGACCUCUUAUCCACAGCAAUGCCGUGGAAAAGGUGAAGAAGCAUCUGGAUGAUGCUACUAGCAAAGGUGCCGAAAUCCUUGUCGGUGGCCGACAUUUAGGCGGCAACUUUUUUGAGCCUGCCGUUCUUUCGGAAAUGACCAGCGACAUGUUGAUUGCGAGCGAGGAAACGUUUGGCCCGAUUGCUCCUUUGUUCCGAUUCUCGACCGAGGAUGAAGUCUUGAAACUGGCCAAUGACACACCAUUUGGUCUGGCGGGUUACUUCUUUUCGCGCGACAUUGGUCGUAUCUGGAGAGUGGCCGAGAAAUUGGAAACGGGCAUGGUCGGGGUCAAUACUGGCGCCAUUUCCAACUGCUAUGCACCAUUUGGUGGCGUAAAAGAAAGCGGAUUGGGGAGAGAAGGAUCCUGCUACGGUUUGGAUGAUUACAUGAAUAUCAAGUAUAUCAAUAUGGGUGGCCUUUAA